AUUAGAGAAAGGAAUCCAUGAAUUCAAAUGGAAACCAGCAGGAACAGAGACCGAGAAUACGCUUUUACAAAAAUGACCCAUUAAAUGUAGUUUCUCGUCGCCUUUCGACGAAUUUUACCGCGGAAUGCGUUUCGUUUUUAAGCCGCUUUCGGUGGGGAUGGAGGUAUAAGAAAGCCGUUUUUAAGCUAAAACCGUUUUCAAGCCAAGGGGGAGGGGGGAGAGUUGCCUCUUUUUGCUCUCCCUUUUCUUUUUCUGUUUUAAUAACGUACCCCUCCUCCGUUUUUACAUGUAAUUUACUCCCUCACAGCCUCGUCGACGCCGGUUGAGGCCGUUUUUUUUUAUACGAAUUUUUGGGCUGAACGCGGGAGGCGCGAGCGAUCGAAUGGAGCUGUUGAAUUCCAUUCCCCCACCGAUUGUUUAAAAAUAAUUCCGUUCACAUUCGACUCGAAUUCGGAGAAACGUUCUUUUUCAUUUUCCAUGGAAACCCCGGUGAUGGGAUGUUCGAGCGAGCAGUGAAAGGAUGAGUACUUGUUUCGUAGCGAACGGGGCCAGCUUGGAGGACUGCCAUUCCAAUCUAUUCUAUCUGGCUGAUUUGACGGGGAUAAAAUGGAAGAGGUACGUUUGGCACGGUCCCACUUCAGCGCCCAUGCUGUUCCCUGUCACCGAGGAGGACCCCAUCCUCAGCAGCUUCAGCCGCUGUCUAAAGGCGGAUGUGCUGAGUGUGUGGAGGCGGAGCCAGAGGCAGGGACGCCGGGAGCUCUGGCUCUUCUGGUGGGGCGAUGAUCCUAACUUCUCUGAGCUCAUCCACCACGAGCUCAUAGGCGAGGACGAUGGCGUGUGGGAAAAUGGUCUGUCCUACGAAUGCCGUACUCUUCUCUUCAAGGCCAUUCACAACCUGUUGGAGCGCUGUCUCAUGAACCGCAGUUUUGUACGCAUUGGCAAAUGGUUCGUCAAACCCUACGAAAAGGAUGAGAAGCCCAUAAACAAGAGAGAACACCUGUCUUGCUCCUUCAUGUUUUUCCUGCAUGGAGACAGUAACGUGUGCACCAGCGUGGAGAUCAAUCAACACCAGCCUGUGUACCACCUGAGUGAGGAGCACCUGACACUGGCCCAGCAGGCCUCCAGCCCCUUCCAAGUGAUUCUGAGUCCAUUUGGACUGAACGGGAUGUUGACCGGCCAGUCCUUCAAGCUCUCUGACCCCCCAACACAGAAGCUUAUCGAAGAAUGGAACCAGUUCUAUCCCAUCAGCCCCACCUCCAAGGAGAGUGCAGAUGACAAAAUGGAGGACAUCGACUGGGAGGAUGACUCACUGGCAGCAGUAGAGGUGCUUGUUGGUGGUGUGCGCAUGGUGUAUCCCGCAUGCCUGGUGUUGGUCCCACAGUCAGACAUCCCCACUGUAACACCUGCGGGGUCCUCAAACUGCAGUGCUGUCUAUUCUAAUGGCCUACAUGUGACUGCUUUAAACCGGGACCCCGCCAUCUCCUCUGUGACCCUGACCCCUCCCACCUCACCUGAGGAGGCCCAGACAGUCCACUCUCAUUCUGAGCAAAAGUGGAUGCGGUUGCCAAUGGCGAUGGAUGGAUUCACUGUUGACAGCACUAGUCACCACGGUGGCAAAAUUCCACGCAGGAUGGCCAAUCAGGUGGUAGAAACUGUCUGGCAGGAGUGCAACAUCAACCAAACUCAGAACAAACGCAAAUUCUCCGCCACAGCCUCCAACGGGACCAACGAGGAGGAGACACUGACAAAAGUGGGCGCCUGGGACUUUGUUGAAUCCACACAGAGAUCAAAUUGUAACUGUUCAAGGCACAAAUCACUGAAGCAGAGAGCAGGCAGUACGCCCGGCCAGCUGCCCACCGCUGGUCAGACCCAGCAGCCGCCUAUCAAGCACAAAGCCGGGGAGAAGCCAGAAAAAGGCGACAAACAACAGAAACGCCCGCAAACACCUUUCCACCACCGCAACUCUGUCUGUGAAGAUGUUUCCAUGGAAACUGAUGCCUCUUCAGGCCAGCGCUUGGCCCUUAGAGGUCAGGAGGGUGGGCGAUUUCCCGGGCUCCGUCCAUCUGAUGUGAGCACUGGCUCUAAACCUCCACAGCUACACAGUGGGAGUGGAGCUACCGUGGGCGCCAGUGGACCGACAGAGAUGGUAGGCUCCCCUCGACCACCACCGCUGAGCCCUCACCCCUGCGAACGGGGUGAGGAAUCCUCCGACGUCAAGAACCCCUCAACCCCCCAUAGUCAACAAUUUUCCCCUCCCUCUGUGGAGCCUUGCCUCUUGCCCCAGAAGGGCCCAGAUGACACCCAUUUGGAGCCACUCACUCAAACUUUCCCCCCUGCAUACACUGAGACCUUGGAGCCCACCCCGUAUAUCAGUGCCGCAGUUCACCUGGAAGACGACGGAAGUCACACGCCAUGGAGAUUCUUUAACUUACCGCGUAGGAAAGAUUCAGAGUUUCCCACACCAUCGUUACCAGGAGACAAACUCAGAGAAGAGACAUUAAUCGGAGCUGAAGGGAUUAUGUCUGUUACAGAGUUAAUGGCUGCCUCCAAAAGGCCUCUGAAGGUCUCAGAUGAGCGAAUCCAAAUGUACCUGCAGCGACAGAACCAGCACCUGGCUGCAGCCAUCACAGACGGCGACCACGAGCCUGAGGUCGACCCCUAUGCCUUCGUCGAUGGGGAUGUUAAGUUCACCUUCUCAGAUAAGAAGGACAAAGCCGGGGGAGAUCGAGAACCAGGAAAGAAACACAAGGGAGAAGACGGCAGUGCUACUCUGUCAGAUGAUGCUCAGCAUGCUGCAGCUCAUAAUCGGGCUGCUUCCACCAGUCUCAUACAUGAUUCAGACCUGGCAGUCUCCAUCAAAGACCUGGACAACCUCUUCAACUCGGACGAGGAUGAGCAAGCACCUGGAUCACGAAGAGCUGUAAAUGGAGUAGAUGAGAAGUUUGGCAGCAAGGAAUCAAAGCCAGCCACACUGGACCCUGUCUCCUGUAUAAGCACGGCCGAUCUGCACCAGAUGUUCCCUACGCCUCCCUCUCUGGAGCAGCACAUCAUGGGUUACUCCCCCAUGAACAUGGGCAGUAAAGAGUAUGGCUGCAUGGAGCCGGGCUCAGGCCUCAACACCCUAGAUGGCACCUCUGCACUGGGUGGCCAGUUUAAGAUCGAGGUAGAGGAGAGCUUCUGCAGCCCCAGACCUUCUGAAAUCAAGGACUUCUCAUUUGUAUACAAGCCGGAGUUGUGUCAGCCAUUCGUGGGCUGUUCCAUGUUUGCCCCCUUAAAAUCUCUGCCCAGUCAGUGCCUGCCUCCUAUCAAACUGCCCGAUGAGUGUGCGUACAGGCCCAGCUGGACGGUGGGAAAACUGGAGCUACUCAGUUCUGUACCUCCUAUGACCAUCUUCAGCAAGGACGGUGAAAACAGUGCUAUGGAACAAGAUUAUAUUCAGACGUACACCCCUCAAACCCACACGCCGUUCUUAUCAAACAGCGCACCGCCCAGCAAUGGCGGCACUAGUGUCCUCCCAUCCCCUGCCACGCCCCGUUUCUCAGCUCCUACCCCUCGUACCCCACGGACACCCCGAACACCCAGAGGCCCCGCCAGCGUCCAAGGCUCCCUGAAAUAUGAGAACUCAGACCUGUACUCACCAGCCUCGACACCCUCCACCUGUAGGCCUCUCAACUCAGUGGAGCCUGCGACGGUCCCCUCUAUCCCCGAAGCCCACAGCCUGUACGUCAACCUGAUCCUGUCGGAAUCUGUCAUGAACCUAUUCAAAGACUGCAACUUUGACAGUUGCUGUAUCUGCGUCUGCAACAUGAACAUCAAAGGUGCAGACGUGGGUGUCUACAUCAACGACCCCAACAUGGAAGCCCAGUAUCCUUGUGGGUGUGGUUUCAGUGCUGUUGUCAACCGUCGCUACGGCAAUGGCUCCGGCCUCUUCCUGGAGGACGAGCUGGAUAUCAUCGGCCGGGGUUCGGUCGUGAGCCAGGAAGCAGAAAAACGCUUUGAGAUGUUACGGAGCAUGUCGCUGGAAAAGACUGGGGGCGGAGGCAAGGAUCGAGUUCCGGACGAGCUUAUCGCGCUCCUCCAGGAUCAGUGCACUAAUCCAUUCUGCCCGAUCCUGCCGUUGGACCUCGAGAGUCUGUCUUCUCAAGGGCCAGGGGGUACCACUGUACCACCCUGUGUGCGUGUGGAGGAAAGGGACUUCCACAACGACUGCUACUUGGCUCUAGAACAUGGGCGACAGUUCAUGGACAACAUGUCUGGUGGGAAGGUGGACGAGACGCUGGUGAAGAGCACGUGUUUGCACCAUUGGGCCAAACGCAGCGCGGUUGAUGUGAGUGGACUGUGCUCUCAGGAUGUGUUGAGAGUUCUCCUAUCUCUCCAGCCUGUCCUCCAAGAUGCCAUCCAGAAGAAAAGGACAGUUCGCUCCUGGGGCGUUCAAGGGCCCCUCACAUGGCAGCAGUUUCACAAGAUGGCUGGAAGAGGGUCUUAUGGCACUGAUGAGUCUCCAGAGCCUCUGCCCAUUCCUACCUUCCUGGUUGGAUAUGAGUAUGACUUUGUGGUUCUUUCUCCUUUUGGCCUACCAUACUGGGAGAAGCUACUGCUGGAUCCUUUUGGCUCUCAGAGAGACGUGGGAUAUCUGGUUCUCUGCCCGGACAGUGAUUCCCUCCUAAGUGGAGCCAAGAGCUUCUUCAGAGAGUUGACAGCCGUCUAUGAGUCUUGUAAGCUCGGUCAGCAUCGACCAAUCUCCAAAGUGCAUACUGAUGGCAUUGUAAGGGUGGGCGGAGCUGCUGCCAAGAAGCUCGCAGAACAGCCAGUCAAUGAUUGGUUCCUUAAAGCGGCUUGUGGCAGCAGUGAUGCAUUUGCCAAGCUCAAGCUGUUUGCGCAAGUCUGCAGACAUGACCUCGCUCCAUACCUCGCUGCACAGUCAUUGGACAGCUCCCUCCUCAUUCAGCCAAGCCCCUCUUCCACCCAAACAUCUUCCUCACAAUCCUCAGGCUUCACCUCCUCCAACUCCCAAACCUCAGUGGCCUCCGGAGGCCCUGCUCUCAGCAACAGCAGUUCUGCCAGUAACAGUAGCUCAGGCUUGCCAGGCAGCACCAAUAACACCCCCUCCUCUUCAGGCCCUCAGGGCAGCAGUAUCCAGUCUGCCAAGCCCAGCUCAUUCCCUCCCUUUGGAAGUAUGGGAGUACAAGGUAACAGCUCCCAGUCUGGGGCUUUGGGCCAGCAGGCUGUCACCCAGAGCUCAAGCCUCUCUGGAGACAAUUCAGCCGUCAACAGCCAGACUCAGGGGCCAUCCGAACCACCAGAGAGCACUUUGGAGAGAGAAAAGGUUGGUAUUCCCACAGACGGGGACUCCCACGCCAUCAUGUACCCACCUGCCAUCAUGAUCUACAUCGUGGACCCCUUCUCAUAUGAGGAGGCGGAGCCAGGGACAUCACAGUCAAGCGUGUGGACGCUAGGACUACUCCGCUGCUACCUGGAGAUGCUGCAGGGCCUUCCAGCUCACAUCCGCAACUCUGUCUUUGUACAGAUUGUCCCUUGUCAGUACCUGCUCCAGCCUGUGAGGAGUGAAGAGAGGCACCUGUACGCCCAGCACCUCAAGUCUUUGGCCUUCUCGGUCUUCACCCAGUGCAGAAGACCCCUCCCGAUCUCAACCAACGUCAAGUCACUGACGGGUUUUGGCCCCGGCCUCGCCCUCGACACCGCCCUCAGGAACCCAGAGAGACCAGAGUGUUUGCGUUUGUACACGCCUCCCUUCAUUCUGGCCCCAACAAAAGACAAGCAAACUGAGCUUGGCGAGACUUUUGGAGAGGCGUCACAGAAGUACAACGUCCUGUUUGUGGGCUACUGCCUGUCACAUGACCAGAGAUGGCUGUUGGCCACCUGCACAGACCUGUACGGAGAGCUGCUUGAGACCUGCAUCAUCAGCAUAGAUGUACCCAACAGAGCACGAAGGAAAAAAGGUUCAGCACGGAGGCUGGGCCUACAGAAGCUCUGGGAGUGGUGCCUGGGUUUGGUGCAGAUGACAUCAUUGCCAUGGAGAGUGGUACUUGGACGACUUGGACGAAUAGGGCAUGGAGAAUUGCGAGACUGGAGUAUUUUACUGAGCAGGCGGAAUCUGCAGUCAGUGUCUCGGAGACUAAAGGAGAUGUGCAGGAUGUGCGGAAUCUCAGCAUCUGACACUCCCAGCAUCCUUAGCGCCUGCCUGGUUGCCAUGGAACCCCAGGGCUCAUUUGUCAUCAUGCCAGACUCUGUAUCAACAGGUUCUGUGUUUGGUCGCAGUACAACUCUUAACAUGCAGACGUCGCAGCUGAGCACCCCUCAGGACACGUCUUGCACACACAUCCUGGUGUUCCCCACCUCUGCCUUUGUGCAAGUCAACAGCUCCAACUACACACACGAGAACAUCGACAUUAACUUCAACCCUGGCAAUGAUGGUUCAGAUGCAAUCGGAGGCAUCUUUGACCUACUGGAGCAGGAGAAUGACCUGGUUGAUCCUGACAUCAUAAAUAUCCUACCUGCCUCGCCCACCACGUCCCCGGUCCAUUCACCUGGAUCCCAGUACCCCCAUGGAGGAGAUGGGAGCAAGGGUCAAAGUACAGACCGCAUGGAGCCUCAUGAAGAAGCUCCCAAUAUCCUGCAGCAGCCAUUAGCUCUGGGUUAUUUUGUGUCCACAGCUAAAGCAGGUCCACUGCCUGACUGGUUCUGGUCCGCAUGUCCUCAGGCACAGAACCAGUGUCCCCUUUUCUUAAAGGCCUCGCUACACCUCCAUGUGUCUUCAGUGCAAUCGGAUGAGCUUUUGCACAGCAAACACUCUCACCCUCUAGACUCAAAUCAGACCUCUGAUGUUCUCAGAUUUGUGUUGGAGCAGUACAAUGCCCUUUCCUGGUUGACCUGUGACCCUGCGACCCAGGACCGCCGCUCAUGCCUGCCCAUACAUUUUGUGGUGCUCAAUCAAAUGUACAACUUUAUCAUGACCAUGUUGUAACAAUCACUGAGCAGAACUGAGAGCAGGACCUUAUCAGGGAUUGGAAGAGACACAGAAAGAGGAGAGAGAUGAAAAGGAUGUAAAAACACAUAACUACAGUGCUGGACUUUAUAUGUACGUGAAUUACUAUGGAGAUGAUCUGGGUUGGCAGUCACUACACCUGAGACCCAGCACUGUGGAGGAGAACCAGGCUUCUGGUGUUUAUAACACUCACUCUCUCAAAGAGAGAUAAAGAGAGAGGAUACAUGAGGCCUUGGAUUUAUUAUUUUUAGAAGUGUGGAGGCCAAAGAAGAGGCAGAAGGAAGAAGAAAGUGCUGACUGAUGUUCUAAGCUUCUGGUUCCACUGUUACCCUGCCGGUAACAUAUGGUUCUGUGGUUACCAUGGAUUCGGCCAGUUUUUUCAUCAAUGUGUAUGGAGAAGUAAUCUGUAUAGAAUCUUGAUGGAAAGGGACUUUUAUGCUCUAUGAAAAUGAGAGAAUGAAUUCUGGGUUUUAAGACCUCUAUUUCCCUGUUUCUUUUGGAGGAAAUUAUAUCCAAAUGAAAUGCCUGCAUCUGUCUUAUUUAUUGUAAGUUUUUAAAUGUAUAAUUUGUCUGAUUUCUUAACCUCUUUUUUAUAUAUAUAUAUAUAUAUAUAUAUAUAUAUAUAUAUAUAUAUAUUUCUAGAAGGUUUGUAUUGCCUUCCUGCUUUAAAGCAAUUGGUCAAAAAUAUAUGUAAUCAUCUUAAUUUCAAAAACAAGCAAACAAAAUACCCACUAAAAAGAUGAAUAAAGUUGCAGUAGGUUGCUUUUAGAGUAUUAUUUUUUGUAAGGGAGACAGAUUAUUUGUAUUGUCACGAUGUACAGAGGAGAUCGGGGGAUUUCUGUCCAUGCCUUUGCGUGUGGACUCAAUUACAGCUAAGCUUUAGCUGCACGGGACUUGUACAGCAAUGAAGUUCACUGUGUUUAAAAAUAAAGAGGUACAUUGUCGUAUAUUGUAUUUUAUACCACACAUUUAGACACAAAAACGAAAAACUGCAAUAUAUAAAUAAUUAUAUAUGAAUGCCACACCAGCCUUGGGUGGCACUGCUUCUGUUUUAGGAAUAAAAAGAGUCAACUUAAUUUUUUUCCUGUGCUUGUGUUUUUUGGGGGGAGGGACUGUGAUGUGAAAUCUGAUCAUAGUGAUGGAGACUUGCGGCUUUGUUUCAUGCAAAUGGAAAAUGAUUUGGCACUUUUAUGAAGAUAAUGAAGACACAUAAUAUGCUUAAAGUGCAACUUUAGGAGUUUGUCUUUUUCACCUCACCUUGACCCUCCUUGAUUGGCUCUCCUGUUUGACUAUUUCUUAGUUAUGAUGGACACUUUUAGACCGAAAUCACUUUUCUUUGAGUGUGACAAAGAAAUGUGUGGUGUAAAUGGACUUUUAAACCGGAUCUGGGUGCCUGUUGAAAAUGCAGUGUUUGUGCACAGAGAAAGAUCUGUCUCCUGUAUCUUACUCUGUUCAGAAUAAACUGUAUGCUGAUAUUCAAAGACCCUGGGAUUUCUCUUACCUGCCACACCAGUUCUUAGUUUGCAUUGCACAUGUGACCAGUUUCAAAAACUACCCAUUUGAAAGUUUACAGAGGUUUUAUUUGAGUAACAAUUACAGUAGUGUCUAUUUCAGUGCAAACAUCCAUAUUCUAAUACGUUGUUAAUGUCCAUCUUAUUAAUGUUACUAUCAUUUACGAGGCUAUUUGGAAACUUCCAUUUCUAAGUGUGUUUAAAGGGAUAGUUCACCCCAAAAUGAAAAUUCUCUCAUUUCCUCAACCUGAUGUUGUCCCAGAUGUGUAUGACUUUCAUCUGCAGAACACAAAUGAAGACUUUUAGAAAAAUAUCUUAGCUCUGUAGGUCCACACCAAGUGAAUGGUGACCAGAACUUUGAAGCUCCAAAAACCACAAAGACAGCAUUAAAGUAAUUCUUACUACUCCAGUGGUUAAAUCCGUAGUGAUAUGAUAGGUGUGGAUGAGAAACAGAUCAAUAUUUCUCUUUUACUAUAAAUCACCACUUUCAUUUCCACAUUCUUCUUUUGUUUUUUUGCAAUUCACAUUGCUUGUGCAUAUCGCCACCCACUGGCCGGGGGUGGUCAAAGGUGGAGAUAUACAGCAAAAAAGGACUUAAAGGGAUUGUUCACCCAAAAAUGACAAUUCUAUCAUCAUUUACUCACCUUCAUGAUAUCCCUGGUGUGUAUGACUUUCUUUCUUCACCAGAACACAUUUGAAGAAAAAUAACAUCUCAGCUCAGUAGGUCCUUAAAAUGCAAGUGAAUGGUGAUCAAAAAAAAUCACAGACAGUCAGCAUAAACGUCAUCCAUACGACACCAGCUGUUAAAUUAAUGUCUUAAAGCGAUACAACCGCUUUUGGUGUGAAAAAAUAUCAAUAUUUAAUUACUUUCUAACUAUAAACCAUUGCUUCAGGUAAGCUUCACAAAAGGGUGGUGUUAGCGGUCUCUCGUGUGACGUAUUCACCUUCGCGUGAUACGGACAUAAUCUCGUGUUCUCUUGGUUGAGACAUCCAGGAUAGGCACACAAAUGCACCAUUGUAAGUAAAGAAACAGGUAAAAAAAAAAAAAAAGUAGAGAUCUAAACCAAAACCAACAAAGCUUCUGUACAGGGUUCCUCCUACUCAGUUGUAAACAGCGCUGCUCUCCCGUGUGUGUCGCACGUGCGUCAGUUAUUAUUAAAAAUUAUAAUUAUUAAUUAUUCUCGCGUGCCAACGCGAUUACGGCACGCACAUACUGCUGCUGACCAGAAGCGAUGAUUUAGAGUUAAAAAUUACGUAACUGAUCUUUUCGCACCAAAGCAAUUGUGACACUUUAGAAGACAUUCAUUUAAAUGCCUAAAUACAUUUCAGAUAUGCUUGUUGAAUAUAAACCUAACAGACCUCUCGGAUCAUUAGAAUCAAGUCAGUUCAUCAAACAGGGUUCACUCAAAACCAGGUGAGACAGCAUUUAGCUAUUAUGCCACCCGCAACUGGAACCAAAUUCCAGAAGAGGUUAGAUGUGCCCCAACAGUAGCCACAUUUAAAAUCAGACUGUUAAUCUGUUUAGCUGUGCAUUUUCUGGCUGAGCAUUGUGCUGCACUUAUUGAUUUCACUGAAUCAUUUUGCUUUUGUCUUUCAUUUUAAUUAUUCUAUUUUAUUUUAUUUUUUUAUUUUAUUUUGAUAUAACUUUUUUUGUCAUUUGAAUUUUUCAAAUUUAAUUUAUUACUUUAUUCUUAUUUCAUGUUCUUAAUUGUUUUUUAUUUUUUAAUUUAUCUUGUAUUUUCUUUAAAAUGUAUAUGUAAAGCACUUUGAAUUGCCAUUGUGCACUGAAUCAUUUUGAUUUAGUCUUUUAUUUUAAUUAUUCUAUUUUAUUCUUUUUAUUUUAUUUUGAUAUAACUUUUUCUCAGUGUGUGUUUACAAUUUUUGGUUAUCCUCUGUUUAAUCAGGGAAGGUUAACAACAGUUAAGGAUGGUGUUAACAAUUUAAUAUUCUUUUUCUUAUUCACUUUAAUCAUUUUAAUUGUUUUCAAAUUAAUUUUAUUACUUUUUAUUCUUAUUUCAUGUUCUUAAUUGUUUUUUAUGUUUCUUGUAUUUUCUUUCAAAUUUAUAUGUAAAGCACUUUGAAUUGCCAUUGUGUAUGAAAUGUGCUAUAUAAAUAAACUUGCCUUGCCUAAUUUAA